AAUCAAACUCAAACUAAACAAACAUACCCUAUUCAAUGAUCAAUACAAUUUAUCAAACAGAAUCAUUACAAAUGGUUGAUACAAAUAAUAAUGCCCAAACUUCUUAUGCAAUGAAUCAAGAAUUAACUAAACCGCUAGUAUUAUUUCUUAAUUCAAGAAAAGAAGUACUUUCCUCUGCGCCAACAUCACCAAAUAGCAGUGACAAUGAAAUACCUGGUCCACCAAUCUCUUCAUUUAAAUUUCAACCAACAAAAGAUUCAAGAAAAUCAUAUCGAAAAAUCAUCACUAACACCACGGGCACCACCUCAUCAUCACAUACCAAUUGGCGAAAACGUCAUGGUAUGAUGACAACACUACAUUGUGGUCCAUUCUUUCAUCGUCGUACUACACACCAUCAUCAUCAGCGUCAUCCUCAUCAUCAACAUACUAGUAACAAUGGACUACUAUUCAAUUCACCUUACCAAUCAGAUGUAAGUCAAUCUGCACCAAGUAGUCCUACAAUUGAUACUUAUGAAACAUUACCACUGAUAUCGAAUUAUGCACCCAUAACAACAACAAUAGCAGGUCAAACCACUGAACCGCCUAAUUCAAAACUAUCAACCAUCAAUCGAUCAUCUACACAGUCGAAUGUGUUGCGGACAGAAUUUCAAAACAAUCAUAAUCAUACUAAUAUUGAUAAUGAUUAUAAACGCAUUGAAUCACGAUCACCAUCUUGUUUUCCCGCGAGUCAUAAUUCAUUGAAAUAUGCUGAAUCUACAUUAUUAUGUUUAAUGCAACGUCUUGGAAUACAAUCUGUUUGGCCAUGCCUCUUAGAACAUGGAGUGGCGGAUGUGAAUCGACUUAGUAAAUUGACCAGGAAUCAAUUAAUUGAAAUGGGUGUCACAGAUGCUGAGACAAGAGCAACAUUAAUGACAGCUGCUCAACUGCUUACAGAUUCAUGGUUGAAUAACAAUUCCCCAUUUCAUAAAACAUGGAAUAAAUCUACUGGAAAAAUGUCCAAUGAUUUACUACUUGACAAUCAAAAUGUACAUGAUUCUGGUAUUUCAAGUGGAACAGAUUAUAAUACUAGUACAUGUUUAACUUAUAAACCACAAUUAACAACUUUUUAUCAUAACAAUGGUAAUAAUAGCAAUAAUAGUGAAUUGAAAAGUCGCCACGAAGAUAUGACCGCUGGUAAAUUAGAACGAACGGAAUAUCAACAUCAAUCACGAUGGGGUUAUGGUCAAUUAAUGCCUAAUGAAGAACCACAGGAAUCGAGUCAAAUGAAUUCCUAUGAAGAAAUUAAUGUGAAUAUACCAAUGAUUAAACAAAACAUUGGAUCUUAUCAAACCAUCAAUUCAGAUAAGAAUUCAUUUCAAAAUGUUUCCAAAGUAUUCGGUGAUAUACAAUGUCAAUCAAAACAUCCUGUAAGUAUUUUAAGAAAUAGUCGAUUCACCAAAGAUAAUACAAAUCAAUUCGAUAUGGAUCAAGUGAAACGUUCCUCAUCCACUACACCGAAAACUGUAAAAAUUGAUGAACGUUUCCUUUCAACACCAUCAUCAUCAACAUCAUCAUCACGAAAUGAACAACAACAGAAUAGUAGUAGUACACCGAUACAACCAUCACAAAUUUCGUCCCUACCACCGUCAUCGUCAUCAUCAUCAUCAUCAUCAGCGGCAGUAGCAUCAACUACUUCUACUACUUCUGUUACUACAAAUUACUAUGUACAGUAUCCUCAAAAUAGUACAAUGAACAAAGCAGAUCCAAACAGUGUAUACGUUCAACAUAUUUAUUUAGCUAGAUAUAUAUUAAGAAAGAAAUUAAAUGCUGAACAUAUUGAUCUAACUCAAUUACCUUAUUCUGAUGAGACCGGUCAAGCAAAUAUUCCUUUACGUUUAAUUCAACGUUAUUCAUUUGAAACUAAUUUAGAUCUACUUACUGUAGCAAUGGCAUUAGAAGCUGAAAGAGAUACAAAUUUAAGAGAGAUAAAAAGACCUGUGAUAUCAUUUAAUGAAGAAAUUCGUUCACAACGUUUUCUUAAUUGUGAUAGUAUUAAAACAGGAAAUUUACAAGAAUUUCUCAUUACCAUCGGUUUACCUAUGUACAUAAAUCAUAUAUUACAUUAUAAUACUACUAAUAAUAAGAGUAAUAAUAGUAGUCAAUCAUUAUUAAUGAUGACCCCGGCGGAUUUAUUAAAUAUGUCCAAUGGUGAAUUACAAGAAAAACUACAUUUUCUCCCUAUUCACAUUCAAUGGUUACGUCAAGAAGCUGCAGUUAUCCCAUGGAUACUAUUAUUAGGUCAUAUGAAUUGUACAAAAUCUUCACAGAUCAAUAAUUGUGCAACAAAUCAUUUGUAUAGUUUACCACGUACUGUAUACAAUAAUAAUGAUAGUAAUAAUAAUUAUUGUCGACGUAGUUCAUCCCAAUUAAGAAGAGCGCAUCAAUGUCAACCAGCGCAACCGACACAACCACAACCACAGCAGCCGCUGAAGCAUUCAACACAAUCCAACCAACCGAUCAAUAAUUCUUGUCAGCAUUCACAUCCUCAUCAGCAUCCGCAACAACAUCAGCAACAACCACAAUGUUAUCAUCAUGAAAACCGACAAUUAGAUCAUUUAAACAAUUUUGAAAAUUUAAUUGAUAAAGUUUAAAAGCG